AUCUAUCGAUCCCGGACAGAACGUCUGUUACGCUAUAUGUUCCGUGUAAAUCCAUGCUUUUACUGUUUUGGAUUUCAAUGCAUCCUUGCAGUAUUAUUAACAAUUUCAUCAAUAGAAUUUAGUCGUAUUGAACGAGAGAAUAAAGUAUUAGAUGAAUCAAAAAAUAUUAUACCAUUUGUUGAAUGUACCUAUAAAAGGAUACCUGAAUUUUCAACUUUGAGCUGUGCUGAAGAUGAUGAUCAAAAUGCUUUUAUUUCACGAUUUCAUGAAAAUAAUUCAACAAAUUCGCAAUGUAUUGAUCGUGUUGAUCUGGUAAUGUAUAAACAUUUCAUUUUUAAUUAA